GCUGCUGCUGUAACGCUCUAACGUUAGAGCAGCUAACGGCUCUGCUCGGAAUUUCUCCCGACAGAGGCCGGAGUGUUCAAGAGCUUGGCGAUACAGAAAUUUCUGCUGGUGUUGGGGCGGGUGCGGGAACUGAAGACGGGCGAGUGCGAGCCGGGGGCGGGUGCUGGGGAAGGGUAAGCGGGAAGCGAGGGCGAGGGGUAGGGGCUGGGGAAGGGCGAGCGGGAGGCGCGGGCUCUCUCUAGCAGGGGGCUGCAGCCAUGAAGAGGCUCUUAGCUGCCGCUGGCAAGGGCGUGCGGGGCCCGGAGCCCCCGAACCCCUUCAGCGAACGGGUCUACACUGAGAAGGACUACGGGACCAUCUACUUCGGGGAUCUAGGGAAGAUCCAUACAGCUGCCUCCCGGGGCCAAGUCCGGAAGCUGGAGAAGAUGACAGUAGGGAAGAAGCCCGUCAACCUGAACAAAAGAGAUAUGAAGAAGAGGACUGCUCUACACUGGGCCUGUGUCAAUGGCCAUGCAGAAGUAGUAACAUUUCUGGUAGACAGAAAGUGCCAGCUUAAUGUCCCUGAUGGCGAAGGGAGGACACCUCUGAUGAAGGCUCUACAAUGCGAGAGGGAGGCUUGUGCAAAUAUUCUCAUAGAUGCUGGUGCUGAUCUAAAUUAUGUAGAUGUGUAUGGCAACACGGCUCUCCAUUAUGCCGUUUAUAGUGAGAAUUUGUUAAUGGUGGCAACACUGCUGUCCUAUGGUGCAGUCAUCGAGUUGCAAAACAAGGCUAGCCUCACACCCCUUUUACUGGCCAUACAGAAAAGAAGCAAGCAAACUGUGGAAUUUUUACUAACAAAAAAUGCAAAUGCGAACGCAUUUAAUGAGUCUAAAUGCACAGCCCUCAUGCUUGCCAUAUGUGAAGGCUCAUCAGAGAUAGUCGGCAUGCUUCUUCAGCAAAAUGUUGACGUCUUUGCUGAAGACAUACAUGGAAUAACUGCAGAACGUUAUGCUGCUGCUUGUGGAGUUAAUUACAUUCAUCAACAACUUUUGGAACAUAUACGAAAAUUACCUAAAAAUCCUCAAAAUACCAAUCCAGAAGGAACAUCUACAGGAACACCUGAUGAGGCUGCACCCUUGGUGGAAAGAACACCUGACACGGAUGAAAGCUUGGUGGAAAAAACACCUGACGAGGCUGCACCCUUGGCGGAAAGAACACCUGACACGGAUGAAAGCUUGGUGGAAAAAACACCUGACGAGGCUGCACCCUUGGCGGAAAGAACACCUGACACGGAUGAAAGCUUGGUGGAAAAAACACCUGACGAGCCUGCACCCUUGGCGGAAAGAACACCUGACACGGAUGAAAGCUUGGUGGAAAAAACACCUGACGAGGCUGCACCCUUGGCGGAAAGAACACCUGACACAGCUGAAACCUUGGUGGAAAAAACACCUGAUGAGGCUGCAUGCUUGGUGGAGGGAACAUCUGCCAAAAUUCAAUGUCUGGGGAAAGCAACAUCUGGAAAGUUUGAACAGUCAACAGAAGAAACACCUAAGAAAAUUUUGAGGCCUACAAAAGAAACAUCUGAGAAAUUUUCAUGGCCAGCAAAAGAAAGACCUAGGAAGAUCACAUGGGAGGAAAAAGAAACAUCUGUAAAGACUGAAUGCGUGGCAGGAGUAACACCUAAUAAAACUGAAGUUUUGGAAAAAGGAACAUCUAAUAUGAUUGCAUGUCCUACAAAAGAAACAUCUACAAAAGCAAGUACAAAUGUGGAUGUGAGUUCUGUAGAGCCUAUAUUCAGAUUGAUGGAGACCUCUGCAUCACUGAGAUCAAGUCUUUUUGGCACACGGACUAUUGAAAAUUCACAGUGUACAAAAGUUGAGGAAGACUUUAAUCUUGCUACCAAGAUUAUCUCUAAGAGUGCUGCACAGAAUUAUAUGUGUUUACCUGAUGCUACAUAUCAAAAAGAUAUCAAAACAAUAAAUCACAAAAUAGAAGAUCAGAUGUUCCCAUCAGAAUCCAAACGAGAGGAAGAUGAAGAAUAUUCUUGGGAUUCUGGGAGUCUCUUUGAGAGUUCUGCAAAGACUCAAGUGUGUAUACCUGAGUCUAUAUAUCAGAAAGUAAUGGAGAUAAAUAGAGAAGUAGAAGAGCUUCCUGAGAAGCCAUCUGCCUUCAAGCCUGCCGUUGAAAUGCAAAAGACUGUUCCAAAUAAAGCCUUUGAAUUGAAGAAUGAACAAACAUUGAGAGCAGCUCAGAUGUUCCCAUCAGAAUCCAAACAAAAGGACGAUGAAGAAAAUUCUUGGGAUUCUGAGAGUCCCUGUGAGACUGUUUCACAGAAGGAUGUGUAUUUACCCAAAGCUACACAUCAAAAAGAAUUUGAUACCUUAAUUGGAAAAUUAGAAGAGUCUCCUGUUAAAGAUGGUCUUCUGAAGCCUACCUGUGGAAGGAAAGUUUCUCUUCCAAAUAAAGCCUUAGAAUUAAAGGACAGAGAAACAUUCAAAGCAGAGUCUCCUGAUAAUGAUGGUCUUCUGAAGCCUACCUGUGGAAGGAAAUUUUCUCUUCCAAAUAAAGCUUUAGAAUUGAAGGACAGAGAAACAUUCAAAGCAGCUCAGAUGUUCCCAUCAGAAUCCAAACAAAAGGACGAUGAAGAACAUUCUUGGGAUUUUGAGAGUUUCCUUGAGACUCUCUUACAGAAUGAUGUGUGUUUACCCAAGGCUACACAUCAAAAAGAAUUCGAUACCUUAAGUGGAAAAUUAGAAGAGUCUCCUGAUAAAGAUGGUCUUCUGAAGCCUACCUGUGGAAUGAAAAUUUCUCUUCCAAAUAAAGCCUUAGAAUUGAAGGACAGAGAAACAUUCAAAGCUGUGGAUGUGAGUUCUGUAGAGUCCACGUUCAGUCUUUUUGGCAAACCGACUACUGAAAAUUCACAGUCUACAAAAGUUGAGGAAGACUUUAAUCUUACUACCAAGGAGGGAGCAACAAAGACAGUAACUGGACAACAGGAACGUGAUAUUGGCAUUAUUGAACAAGCUCCACAAGAUCAAACAAAUAAGAUGCCCACAUCAGAAUUAGGAAGAAAAGAUGAUACAAAAUCAACUUCAGAUUCUGAGAUUAUCUCUGUGAGUGAUACACAGAAUUAUGAGUGUUUACCUGAGGCUACAUAUCAAAAAGAAAUAAAGACAACAAAUGGCAAAAUAGAAGAGUCUCCUGAAAAGCCUUCUCACUUUGAGCCUGCCACUGAAAUGCAAAACUCUGUUCCAAAUAAAGGCUUAGAAUGGAAGAAUAAACAAACAUUGAGAGCAGAUUCAACUACCCUGUCAAAAAUCUUGGAUGCAGUUCCUUCUUGUGAAAGAGGAAGGGAACUUAAAAAAGAUCACUGUGAACAAAUUACAGCAAAAAUGGAACAAACGAAAAAUAAGUUUUGUGUACUACAAAAGGAACUGUCAGAAGCGAAAGAAAUAAAAUCACAGUUAGAGAACCAAAAAGCUAAAUGGGAACAAGAGCUCUGCAGUGUGAGAUUGACUUUAAAUCAAGAAGAAGAGAAGAGAAGAAAUGUCGAUAUAUUAAAAGAAAAAAUUAGACCCAAAGAGCAACUUAGGAAAAAGUUAGAAGUGAAACAACAACUUGAACAGGCUCUCAGAAUACAAGAUAUAGAAUUGAAAAGUGUAACAAGUAAUUUGAAUCAGGUUUCUCACACUCAUGAAAGCGAAAAUGAUCUCUUUCAUGAAAAUCGCAUGUUGAAAAAGGAAAUUGCCAUGCUAAAACUGGAAAUAGCCACACUGAAACAUCAACACCAGGUGAAGGAAAAUAAAUACUUUGAGGACAUUAAGAUUUUACAAGAAAAGAAUGCUGAACUUCAAAUGACCCUAAAACUGAAACAGAAAACAUUAACAAAAAGGGCAUCUCAGCAUAGAGAGCAGCUUAAAGUUCUGACAGCAGAGAACACGAUGCUGACUUCUAAAUUGAAGGAAAAACAAGACAAAGAAAUACUGGAGACAGAAAUUGAAUCACACCAUCCUAGACUGGCUUCUGCUUUACAAGACCAUGAUCAAAGUGUCACAUCAAGAAAAAACCAAGAACUUGCUUUCCACAGUGCAGGAGAUGCUCCUUUGCAAGGAAUAAUGAAUGUUGAUGUGAAUAAUACAAUAUAUAACAAUGAGGUGCUCCAUCAACCACUUUAUGAAGCUCAAAGGAAAUCCAAAAGCCCAAAAAUUAAUCUCAAUUAUGCAGGAGAUGAUCUAAAAGAAAAUGCAUUGGUUUCAGAACAUGCACAAAGAGACCGAUGUGAAACACAGUGUCAAAUGAAGAAAGCUGAACACAUGUAUCAAAAUGAACAAGAUAAUGUGGACAAACACACUGAACAGCAGGAGUCUCUGGAGCAGAAAUUAUUUCAACUAGAAAGCAAAAAUAGGUGGCUUCGACAGCAAUUAGUUUAUGCACAUAAGAAAGUUAACAAAAGCAAGGUAACAAUUAAUAUUCAGUUUCCUGAGACGAAAAUGCAACGUCAUCUAAAAGAGAAAAAUGAGGAGGUAUUCAAUUAUGGUAACCAUUUAAAAGAACGUAUAGAUCAAUAUGAAAAAGAGAAAGCAGAAAGAGAAGUCAUUGUGAGACAACUUCAAAAAAAAUUGGCUGAUCUUAAUAAACAGUGUGAAGCUUCACUAAAGGUUACAUCACAUUCUCACUCUCUGAGGCAUCAAUAGAGGCUACAUCACAUUAUCACAUUAAUCUCAAAGAUUAAACAGUAAAGUUUAUUGUGAACAUUUGCUUCUUUUUCCAUUUUAAAGUUAAACAAGAAGAAAAGCUGUUGGGUACACCUGCAGAAAGGCUGUCACUUCACACUUGGAAGAUUGCACAACGGCCAGGCAGAGGCGCUCCUCACUUCCCAGA